AUGAUUGAUGAGCCUGUCUACAAGUUGGAGAGGUUUUACGUAGCCCACGGUUGUCGAGAUAGGCUACAAAAACUGGUUAGUCUUGUGCACAACACGUGGCCAAACAAUGACAUUGGACUACGCAUAUUGGACGGUUGGAUCAAACCACCCGCGAGCCUUCUGCGACAGUCCAAAGUGAUCACUAAGCGAGACUUUAUGGGAAGACAUAAACAAACCCUUAAAAUGUCAGUGCCUGAAGAAUUGGUGGAUUUUGAAACACCAAACAAGGCACAACAUUCGGCUUCCAGAUAUCAGUCAGCCAGCAAUGGCCUGGGUAUAAAAGUCUCUAGUUCAGAUAACCGUGUUAUUAUGCAACGACCUUUGCCAAAACAAAGCAACAACACGGAUACAUCGCAUCAUUAUUCCAUCUACCGAAACCGUCAAUGGUCUGGUCAGGAUUCUACUGUGGUUGGCUUUGAGAGUCCACGCAGACAACUCAACCAGCAUCCAGUAAUGAUGGAAGAAUUUCACUAUGCUGGACGAGCUGUUGAUAUGAUCCUUGUUGACACCAAAAUUGAUGGUUCUCCACGCCUCAGAAGUGUCUAUCCCGGAAAACUUGCUCAACUGGCCUAUUACGGAGCUCUCUUUGAUUGGUGCUACUUUGCUCGUCAGGGUCAUGUCCACUGCUCUGUUAAGCCUGAUUCGAUAAUUACGUCUCAAUGGUUUGGAUGUUUUCCUGGGACUGCCAAUGCAAUGAGCGCAACAGGCGCACCCAUUCCACUUUCAAACCUUCGUAUUGGCGACCACGUGAUGACGCUGGAUUCCCGCACCCUUAAACUCCAACCCACUAGAGUCACUGCCUUUCUUCACCGUGAUGAGCACCAAUAUUCACCGUGGAUAGAAAUCACAUACCUUCGAAGGGAUGAGACGACUCCAUCUAAGCUGAGGGUAACCGCCAACCACCUCAUUUAUCGCUGGCAGGGGAGAAGAACUUCGGUUUUUGCAAAUCAAUUGCAACCUGGUGAUAAAAUUAUCUGCAAUAUAAACCAUCCUGAGGACUUGUGUCAAGUUGAAGCUACUCGAUUAGUUAAUGCAUCACUCACUGAAACGGGUGUUUAUGCGCCUCUGACAAGGACUGGUGAUUUGAUCAUUGAUGGCGUGCUAGUAUCCUGUUUUGCGCAUAUCCGUAAUGACUGGCUAGCGCAACUUGCGGUCUUUCCACUG